GAAGAGGAGGAGGGUGGAGGACGUUCAAAUCGUGUGGCCGGACCUUGACUGGAGGCCGUCUUUGCUCAGGCACCCAGCCAGAGAGUCACAACACUGUGAACUGUAGAGGGAAAGAAGAAACGUGACAGCACGAUGAUGAGAGGAAGCGAGUAGAGCCGAGAGAAAAGAAGGAGACCUUUUUCUGCACAUACUCAGAGCAUGGUGGCAUAAGAGCCCCAUGGAUCUAGUCGACCUCUACCUCCAUGAAUGCUUCACCUACCACCCAGACACAGAAGAUCCUGGUAGAAUGUCCGUAAGGGGCCUGGACCCCACCUGCACCUCCUCCAUAAAGCGGGAGCCCUCCAGCCCCAGCUCCCAGGGAGACGCCAGUCCGGCUCAGCCCAGUCCCGGUAGCUCUUCGUCGGACACCAACUCCAGCUACGGGCCCCUCAUUAAGGGCCACGUCCACACCAAUGAACUGGACUCGCCUGGUCCUUACGGGCGUACGACGGGGUUGUCUGACAACGGAGGACCUAACAGGACGUUCAAGGAGGAGGAGGCCCAAGUGAAAUGUGAAUUCCUCCUGGGCUCCGUGGCUAAGCGUCUGUGUCUGGUGUGCGGCGACGUGGCGUCGGGCUACCACUAUGGCGUGGCUUCGUGUGAAGCCUGCAAGGCUUUCUUCAAGAGAACCAUUCAGGGUAACAUUGAGUACAGCUGCCCUGCAUCCAACGAAUGUGAGAUCACCAAGCGGAGGAGGAAGUCGUGCCAGGCUUGUCGCUUCAUCAAGUGUCUGGCCGUGGGCAUGCUCAGGGAAGUGCUGAUGUGGAAAUGGUUGCCUCUGCAUUUUGUUGGUGUGGCACCGAAUGGAGAUGUUGACAUGCGGAGUAACACUCUUCAUUCUCUAGCAGGUGUUCGUCUGGAUCGUGUUCGAGGUGGCCGCCAAAAGUACAAGCGGAGAAUCGACAGUGAGGAAAGUCCGUAUCUUCACCUGCAGCACGUUCUUCCACAGAAGAAAAGCUUCAACACAGUUGGAGACAACAAAGUGGUGUCCCUGCUCCUGCUGGCCGAGCCAGACGCCAUCUUCGCCAUGCCGGAUCCAACAGUGCCGGAGAGCGACAUCAAGGCUCUGACCACUCUGUGCGACCUGGCCGACAGAGAACUGGUGGUCAACAUCGGCUGGGCCAAACACAUCCCAGGCUUUCCAUCUUUGUCGCUGGCAGACCAGAUGAGUCUUCUGCAGAGCGGCUGGAUGGAGAUUCUGAUCCUGCGGGUGGUCUUCCGCUCGCUGGCGCUGGAGGACAAGUUGGUGUAUGCCGAGGACUAUGUGAUGGACGAGGAGCAGUCCAAAAUGGCGGGACUACUGGACCUCAACAAUGCCAUCCUGCAGCUGGUCAAGAAGUGCAAAGCCGUCGGGCUGGAGAAGGAGGAGUUUGUGCUGCUUAAGGCCAUCGCACUCGCUAACUCAGACUCUGUGCACAUUGAGGACACGGACGCGGUCCAGAGACUCCAGGACGUCCUCCAUGGGGCCCUGCAGGAGUACGAGGCCACCCGGCACCCGCAGGACCCUCAACGGGCGGGCAAACUGAUCAUGAGCCUCCCUCUCCUGCGCCAGACGGCCGCUCGCGCCGUGCAGCACUUCUGCGGCGUCAAACAAGAUGGCCGCGUGCCCAUGCACAAACUUUUCCUGGAACUGCUGGAGGCCAAAGCCUGAGGGAAGUCUCGGCUUUGACUUCAUUGGUUUUUAUGUUUGAUGCAACAGGAAGUUGGUGAGGCUGCAGCCAUGUUUGCGGUGAGUCGCCUUCUAGUGGACAGUGACAGAAAAACAGCCUUCGAGGGAUACAUGCCAAACAAAGAAGCGUCUUUUCCGAUACUUGAAGACCCUUGUGGACCAUCUUGUCCUUCUGGAAGUCUCCUCAGAUGCAUUCUCUACUUGUUCCUUGCGGAGUAAAGCUAAAAUAUCUCCUUCCUUCAGGAAACCAGCAAACGUAAUCAGCGAGGACAUUUUCAGGGAAAGAAACAUGAUAUUUAUUUAAAAAAUGUGUAUCUACUUACGAAGGCUGGAAUCAAAUUUUUCAUGUGAUUUUCUUUUUAAAAUAUAUAAACUUAUCAGCACUAAUAGUGUCUCAUCUAAAUGGACUUAAAGAUCCAAACAAACAUACAAUCGAUAAUUAAUUAUAUCAUAAUAUUUAUGCCUUUUGUAGGCUUUCAUACAAAAAGCACAAUGCUAGAAUUAGUAAAAAAAAAAAUUGCUUUAAAAAAGAAAGAAAUAAUUGCUUGAAAAAUGAAAAAAAUAUAUAAUUUAUUUGGUUGUAUAAGUAACCAUAAACUUGGAUUAUUUAUUUGGCAAAUUAUUAAAAAAAACAUAUGUUUUUUAAAUGAUAAAAAUAACAAAUUACUUAUAGAAAAUAAAUGGAAGAAAUAUAUACCUUAACUGUUUUUUUAAAAAUCCUAAUAAUUAUCGAUACUAUUAUACCAAUAAAAAUAAAAGGUGAUACUGUAACAGAAAAUAAGAAAAAAAGGAAAAAAAACUAUUGGAUAAAAUAUGUAGAAGAAAAAGCCCAAACAAAACAAAACCACUAAUUGCUUUCAAUUUCUGUAUUUCGAUGCAUUUGUCCGCCAUGUUUAUGGACAGAGGGACAUCUGUUUGCUUGCAAACAACUCAAAUGCAAUAUAGCGCUUACUUUUUUGUACAAUAUCUUACUAAAUUCCCAGCGGGAAAACAUGGACCUCCGUGUGUGAACGACUUGUAGCCGCAAUGAAAAGUGGUGUCAAACGUUUGGUUGUUUUUUUGCUCGUGUGUCUGCUCUUAGUGUGCUUUGUGUGCAGAACCACGGGAGAAAGGACUCAUAUAAUGUGCUCAUACAUAAUUAGAUGCAAAAUAAUGCUCAAGAUUUUGAUGCUAUGCACUGAAUUUUUACGCCAUGUCUGAAGUGUUUGUUUCUCAGGUGCAGAUUUGGGCAGCAAUAAAGAAGCAUCCCCUCCA